AUGUCCUCCCUCAACGGCGUCGCCUUUCUGCUCCGCUUCGACUUCCCUGCGGAGCUCACUGCCAUCUAUACGGUCGCCGAUGGCAUUGCCGGUGGUGAUGGGGCGGAGGUCGCCUCGGAGCUCCAUGACUUCCUCAGGACUUUGCCAACGUGGCACGACUUUGCAAACCAAGCUUCCGCCACUGAUCGUCCGCUCAUGUCCGACGCCGCUCGGACUCCACCUUUCGUGCAGCAGGCAAAAUAUAGGAGUUCACGCAUCUACCUCCACCGGACCACUGCCGAGCUCGAACAACUGGCGUUUUCUGAUUGUACAAUGUUUGCGGGUACAACUCGAAGGAAUGUAAUAAUUUUUGCUGGUUGUACAUGUGUUGCGAUGGAGGAUGGGUCAUGA